AUGGCGGCCCGCCGGCUGGGGCUGGGGCUGCGGCUGGGGCUGGCCUGGCUGCUGAGCCUGCCGGCGGCGAGCGGCCUGCCGCUGGCCCCCGGCCCGCCCCUGGCCCCCGGCCCGCGGGACGAGGUCCUGGCGGCGGCCUUGCAGCGGCUGCGGGAGGUCUUCGACAUCGAGGAGCUGCCGCCCGACGUCCUGCCCCGCAGGAAGCCGCCCCAGUUCAUGGUGGAUCUCUUCAACAAGGUGGCCGACGCCAACGGCAUCACCCGCGCCCCGGGGCUGCUGGAGGGCGACGUGGUGCGCAGCUUCGAGGACCGAGUUCACGUGGACCAGUACCACUUCUACUUUGACGUCAGCGCCAUGGAGAAGGGCGAGCAGAUGCUGAAAGCUGAGUUCAGGGUCUUCAAGCUGAAGAGGACCCAUGUGUCUGGAAGGUCUGACGUGAAACACUUUUGCAAAGUGGAAGUGCAUGAGCUCUUGGAGAGUGGAAGUAAGCCACAAAAAAAAAAUCUCAUUGCAUCAAGAUUAUUGUCCCUGUACACAGAAGGCUGGGAAGUAUUCAACGUCACACAGACAGUUUCCAAGUGGGUUGGAAACAGCAGGUCCAACCAUGGCUUUUUGAUAACUACAAAACAUGUAUUCAACAAUAGAAUUGAGCACAACCUGGUUAAGUUUGCCAAGAGCCAGGGCACUUUGCAGGAGAGUAGAAAUGCUCUCCUUGUCCUCUUCACCAACAGUAACAAACGGAGGUCUUCCAGCUUUGUACCCUCUUCCACAAAUAUGAACCCUGCCAAAAACGAUGCUUCACGCAUGCCUCAUGAAACUCAGAUCAUCAAAAGCAGCAGUGGAAGCAUCAGCAGGAGACCUCGAGCUGCUGCAAUCCCUUCUGCCAAAAGCCAGGUAGCAGCAUGUCAUCGAAGGGAACUCUACGUUGACUUCCGAGCUAUUGGCUGGUCAGGGUGGAUUAUCUACCCAACUGGAUACAAUGCAUUUUAUUGCAGAGGAUCCUGUCUUUUCCCCUUGGGGGAAAGUUUAAAUGCAACAAACCAUGCUACAGUUCAGUCCAUAGUCCAUACACUUAAACUGUCUCAAGAUGUCAGCACGCCCUGCUGUGUGCCAGAUGAAUUGAAGUCCCUCAAUCUUCUCUACUUUGAUGACAAAGAGAAUGUGGUCCUUAAAAAUUACAAAGACAUGGUGGCAACCAGGUGUGGUUGUCAUUAACAGGACCUUUUUUUGUCUGUAUUUGGUGUGUGCCUGGAUUCAGUUCCCCAUUUGCCACUGAAGAUACCAAGGCAGAUGGCAUUUUGGUUUACAGGGCAGGAGAGCCAGAAACUCAGCUAUGCUUCAAAUCCUUCUCCCCUCACCAUGGCUGUGUGGAGAGGUGUUUAAGGCUGGCUUUUGAAGAGCUGUGGGAUUCUGGAAGGUAUGCUGACCUGCAUGGAGAGGUCUUUGAGUGCCUGUACACCAGAGGAAACCAUUAAAAUGGGAACUUGCUGUGUGAUGGAGUUGAAACGCAUUAAGUUGAGCAUUCAGGUUAAGGUCUUGUUCUGUACAUUGAGGCUCACAAUCUCUGAUGCUUUAACAGGCACGGUAUCCUGCCUCAAUCCAGGAUGGGGUGCAGGUCUCUUAGUAACACAGACUUAUCCAGUUUUGACUGCAUGAUCUGGUGGGGAUGUACAUUUCCACAUAGAGCUUUCAGGAUAGUUGUUUGCCCAGAGCUAAUGUCAGAGGCCUCUACCAUCUGCAGCUCGUGCAUUACCCGGAAAUGCCCUUCUUCCCCCAGUUCUUUAUGCAACUCUACCAAAUGCGGAGACCUUGUAAGUCCCCUUGGGACUCGCUAGCCAAUCUGAGGGAACACAUAGGUCAGUGUUUGUCUGUGAAUCGGCAAACAUAGCUUUCAACUCGGGGCACCUCUGUACGAUGAAGGGUCAGCCAAUCCCCCUCUUUGUGAAAUCAUUCUCUUCCACCAUGAUCUGCUGUGGCUGUUAGGCUGUGUGGCAGCAGAGAUCGCCUUUGUGUAUUUAUACAGUGGCUGUACAAUGGGAUCCUAAGCUUGGGUCAGAAUCCCCAUAGUUUAGCAGGAAGAAAGAUGACCACUAAGCUUUGGAGGUCCAUGAGAAUAUGCUGGAUGCUGGCCUAGUCCUGUAUCUGAGGCAAGGUUGAUGGAAGGUACUCACUGAUUCCAUUCCAUUCUUCUUGAAGAAUAGGACGUAGACUUGGAAGGGGCCCCCUGAGGUCUUUCAGGCUUGCUACAAUUUAAUGCAGGUAACCAGCCCAUUGCAGUUUCUCAGUCAACUCAUUGAGUUGUAACUUAAGCCUGGUUAAGUUUCUUGUCUCCAUUAAUCCUUGAAGGAGGCUGACUUCUCACAGAAUGUGACAUCUCCCAUGGGUAGAAGCUUCAUGGAGAAUUUUUUUAUUCCAAUGAGAUUUUAAAAAAACCCAAAUUAUUUAUGUAAA